CCCCCCUCUCUCUCUUUUGCCUGUAGGAGCAUCUCCACUAUAUGUGAUAUCUGAUCAUGGUGUGGCGAUGGAAGACAUUGUCACGUACGAGACGAUGGCAGGAUUCCUCGGCCGGACCACUCCUCAGCUGUACCGGCUGAAUACCAACGUCACUGGCCCGGAGUCCUACGCCAUCUGGCUGCGCUUCAUGAUGAAGAAUUAUGGAGUGACUGUGAACUCGACGUUUCUAAACGACUUGCCGGCAGCUGUUCGCUUCUUUGCCCCACAAAUGCGUGGUUUCGUGACGUUCAACGCCUCCACAGAGAGCCUGAAUGCAGCCAUCACCUACUGUGCUGCUUCCGACGACUUUGUUGUUGCUGCUGGCAGUGAUGCCAUGAUUUCCACUCUCCGUGACGCUGGUGUUCAUCUUCUUCAAGAUUUGACCACUGCCACCGUUGCAUCCGUGUACUCCAAAAUGAAAGGAACUCUUCGUCUUCGUGGCGCAAGCUUCCAGCCCCCGAGCAAAGGCGGCAACCUCGCUGAAUACGCGGUGUUUGCUCGCAUUCCCACCCUCGAAUACCAGGGCAACACGGGCGGUGCUCUGGUGACAAGCGUGAUCAAGGACAUCCAAAGCCGCGGCAACAAUGGAUUCGCUCUCGGCUGGGGCCCAGAGGAACAGUAUGUGACGACGCUUGGUGAUUACGGCAUGUAUGUGCACGCAUCCGAUUGGGCAAUGGAUGUCGGUGUUCUCUCCAACCUCCACGUGCACAGCAAUGUCGCACCCAAGGCAUCGCUGCACAUGAACCAGCGCCACCAGCACCAACGCACGUCACCAGCAGCCAAACAGUCACACACGGUAUCCUUUCUGAUGUCGGAUGGCGACAACAUUCAGUGGCUCCUGAACAACUGGGCAACAGCACCCCAGUGGUUUGGCAGCCCUGACCGCGGCAAGGUGCCCAUGGGCUGGACAGUAUCGCCUGGUCUCGUCCCGCUGGCACCGGCUGUCAUCGAGUACGCCAUUGCCGCCGCCACCGCCAACGACUCCUUUGUGGCCGGGCCCAGCGGUCUCGGGUACAUCUACCCGUCGACAUUCAGGGCUGCGACGAAGCUGAUGGCUGCCGGCGUUGAUGUUGUGCAUCCGACCGAAUUUGUGCAUCGUAUCCGCACCAACGUGGUCAAGCGAUGCCCAAUGCCGGUUGGAAGCUACAUGGACUCGUGCUCGGACUGCACACUCGAUGACGACUGCAUGCUCACCUGCAACUGCCAAGGCCGCGGUGGAACAGACAAGGCCACGUGCAACGUGUCAUGCUGUUCAGAUCUCAGCAACAACGAGGGGCAGCUGUGGUGCAACGGACACCAGUGUCCAUCGUCGUGUUAGCUGAGCUGAGCUCAGCACGCUCCUGUCGAAAUGCCCCCAGCAGCGUUUGGGGCGGCAGCAACACACCUCCCCUGUCUGUUUUUCGAUUGCUGUUGUCACAUCAUGUCUUCCAUGCUGGUGACUUGCUUCUGCUUGGCCUGUGCACCGCCUUAAUAUUAUUAUCUGUCAUGACCCACGCGCGUCCUGUUCCAUCUCUCCGUUUCCAGUCCUCCUUUCGCCGUUUGUUAUUGCUGUUUUACUUUCAUGUACACGUGAAAAGUCGGCGAACAAGAAGCGCUGAUUGUGAUUGUGAUUGUGAUUGAGCCCCGCUCACUUCUUGAUUCUCUCCCCCCCCCCGGGCCAUCUUCUGGCGUUGCACCGCCUUCUUGCUUCCUCCUCCUCCUCCCCAUCCUCCUCCUCCUCCCCUCCUCCUCAUGCGUUCCUUGUCCCGAAUCCCUUCUUUGUCCAAGUUAUUACAUUACGCAGUAAACCUGACCGUUGCUGCCGCACUGCUCCACCACGGGUCGGCGCCCCCAGCC